UUUAUAACAGCAGACUGCUUUCACGACGGCAUAAAAACGGCAUUUGUUCGUGCCAUUAUGCCAUAUUCGUUUCGUGAUUCAUCUUUUCAUAGCUGCAGUCGCUAGCGCGUACCGUGCCAAUCUCUAAAACUGCAGCGGGCUUUUAUAUUUGCGCUCUGUACAUGAAUCCAUUUCCUAGAUUAGGCGAUCAAUAGUAUGGACCUGGAGGUUUCGUUUGAGGAAAGUCGAUUCUAUGAUUAUUUCGGCGUGGCCAAGAACAAAAUGAUGGCUUUGGAGAAGGCUGAUUUCGCCGAUCAUUGCUCAUUCCUCGUCGGCCCGGACGACGGUUGCCGGCAGUGUUUUCAUGCCAACAAAUUUGAUUUACGAGCAGCGAGCAUGUAUUUUGAGCAGUUAUUUCUGAACCUGACAAAUCCAGGACCCAUCGAAAUCAAGAGCGUCAAACCCCCCAUCUUCAAACUGGUCAUGGAAUUUGUGCAUGUGUGCCGUCUGCUGACGGUUGUGAACACUCCGAAGGAGACAUGAUCGAGUUGGCCAAAGCUGCUGACGAGUUUUUAUUGCAUGAUUUGGGGAUUUUGUGUUCAAACAUGCUGAAACCUCUUCUUUCUCCCAAUACUGUGUGGAGCAUUUUCGGCCAAAAUCAAAAGAACCGAUUCAUCAGUGAAGCUUGCAAAAAGUUCUUGGAGGAAGAGACUGACACAUGUCUUAACGAUGCAGCUUUUCUAGAAAUUGGUUUGGAGACUUUGAUCUCUUUCCUCAACUUAAACAAAAUGAGACUCCAGUCAGAAGCAGAACUUGUGUCUGCCUGUGUGAGACUGGCAAAAGCAAAAGGGGAUGAUUCAAGCUGCAGUGCUUGGCUCCGUUUGGCAAUUCCACAACUCCACCUUUUCACUGUGCCGGAGAUUGACCUUCUGCAAAUCUCCGAGUGGCUGACGAAUGAGGAAAGAAUCUACAUUGCCAUCCUAAACAGUCAAAGUGUUUUGCUGAAAGGAAAAUUUGCUCUAUUGAGUCCAAAGUCAUUCUCCCCAAUUUGUGGUGAAAAUAGAUAUUUUACAACUAACGUCAGCAGAGGGCACGUCUUUGCAUUUACAAAUCAGCUUGAGCCUAUGACUGGACCCAAUGUAAGGCCAUAUAAUUCUGAAGAUGCUCACUUUGGACAGUUUGAACCGUUUGAACACGGCAUGCAGAUGAAAGGAAAGAAGAAACGAAAAAUGUGGUAUUAAGAUUAAUUGGGAAAACCUGCUCAGAUGACUUGAGGUAUAUUCAGUCGGCACUACUCCGGCCUGUUUAUUUAUCGCGGACUACUAUCAGUUUAUAUAUGCACCAGAGAGAAGAUUUGGUCAUUUAAUUUGGUUUUUGGAAUGUUCAUUUUGCCGUCAUCUAUAUAUUAAAGUUCAUUAAACUUAAAACAUAUUAGCCGAAAAACUGAAUCGGCUGCAAGAAUUCUUGCCUUAAGGCUUCUCUUUCAAGUGAUUAUUAUAUCUCAUUUAAGUGACAACACUAGCAGAAAGAAUAAAGAGUUAAAUGGUACCAAAUUUAACAUCUUACUUCGAUAAAAUCUUUGUACCUUUGUAUGAAUUAAUGAAUGCAACAACAUUUGCAAUUUAAGCAAGAUG